AUAUUAUCAUUUUAAAUAUCGUUUUGGGUUUAAUGGGGCGUAUCUUACACGCCCGAAUGCUCUUUGUCGAACACACGCUUCUGGAUUAUAAUGAAACAAUGGAAAAUAUCGCGGAGAGCAUUUGCAUAUUAGACUCGAUUUUAAAAUAAACUCACAGAUUUUUGAAAGUUAUUGUGUCAGCAUUUCCGAUGAAUUUCUAUAAGCUUGUCGUGGUUUGCUUCUUGACUGCAGUAGCCGAAGCGAAAUUCGAGGAUUUCGUAAUUAAAGAUCGGAAUGACUUGACUCGGUUCGGCUACGACGAUGACAUUGGCGAUGCGGAUUAUGAGUUUGACGAGGCUUCAUUUUCGAAUUUAGAACUACUGCAGCAAUUAGCAGAGGUCGAACCAAAUAUUAUGGAUUUGUUAAAUGGUGUCUCCUUGCAGGAUUUACCACCGGGUUUGCUGCUGAAACUGCAACAAUACUCUGAAAUGAUGGACACACCAACCUGUAUGGACGAUGAUAAUAUGUGGGAGUUUGGUGAACUUCCGAACUCAUACGAUGCAAAUGCUUUCAAUGAUGUUCUACAACUUGAAUAAACUUGCACUAAUUUUAAGAUGAGCAUAACCCUCAAUGAAUUGUGUUAUUAAUACUAAUACAAUAAGAAAUCGUAUACUUACUCAACAAAAAAUGUAAA